AAAAUAUACCAGCACAUUCACACUCAAAAACUCAAAAAGCACAAAUGUUCUCUUCUUCAUCCCUCUCUUCUCGGAUCUCUCAGUUUCCUCAAUCCAAUACUAUGCAGGUACCUCUUUGCACUUCCCUCUUUAUUCCCUGAUAUCAAAAUCAAAUCUUUCCCCCACUUACACUUUUAAUAUGUCUUUUUUCAUUAACCAUUUCACUUUCUGUUGAUUGGUUCUUGCUUUUUUAGCCCCCCCUCUGGCAUGGAUUGUUAAAAAGAUUUAAUUUUUGAUUUGGGAUUUCAGAUUCUUGCAGUAAAUUAGAUUUCUUGAAUACCCUUUUGAGGAAUUUGUAUUGAAGUUUAAUAAAAUGAUUCCUUUUUAUUGAUUUGGUAGGGAUUUGUUUGAUUUAAUCAUUCUUGUGAAAGAGGUGUAGAAAAUAAUUGUGAAUUAGCAGAACCCCAUUUAGUAUUCUGUUGAAAUAGGUUAGAGUUAUGUUUAAGAUAAUAAAAAGAGGGAAGAAAAGCUCGAAAGGGGAUGCUGUGGAGCCUCCAAUACCAACCUCAUUGCCUAAUGUGACUGCUGAUCACGCUUCGCGGAUAGCAACAUCCGCUGUGACAUCACAGCCUGUUACUUUGGCAAAUGCCACACCAGAUCCUAGUGUGGUUGAAGUCUUGCCCUUAUUGAAGGAGGUUGCACUUUCCGACCGCCAUGUUUUGUUCAUCCGGAAGCUCCAAAUUUGCUGUGUGCAAUUUGACUUCUCGGAUACGGUGAAGUGUGCUAGACAAAAGGAGAUCAAGAGGCAAACACUCACUGAGCUUAUUGAUUUAGUUCAAUCGGGCUCGUGUAAAAUGAAUGAAAUAAUGCAGGAAGAGUUAGUUAGGAUGAUAUCCACCAAUCUUUUCCGGUGUCUGCCUCCUGCUUCGCAUGAGAAUACUGGGUCAGAAGGUGUUGAGGAAGAGGAUGAAAUGUAUCUUGAUCCGUCAUGGCCUCAUUUGCAACUAGUGUAUGAGUUACUUUUAAGGUAUGUGAUGUCGUCCGAAAUGGAUACCAAGGUUGCCAAGCGAUAUCUUGACCACUCGUUUGUGCUGAAACUGCUCGACUUGUUUGAUUCAGAGGAUCCUAGAGAGCGGGAGUAUUUGAAGACUAUUCUUCACCGCAUAUAUGGGAAAUUCAUGGUUCAUCGCCCGUUUAUAAGGAACGCGAUAAACAAUGUAUUCUACAGGUUUAUAUUUGAGACGGAGAGGCAUAAUGGUAUCGGUGAGCUGCUAGAGAUUCUGGGAAGUGUAAUAAAUGGGUUUGCCCUGCCAAUGAAAGAAGAGCAUAAGUUGUUUCUUGUUCGGGCGCUUAUUCCUCUCCACAAGCCUAAAUGUGUUUCUGCAUAUCACCAUCAGCUGUCCUACUGCAUUGCUCAGUUUGUUGAGAAAGAUUACAGAUUGGCAGAUAUCGUCAUCAGAGGGCUGCUAAAAUACUGGCCAAUUACUAAUUGCGGAAAGGAGGUUCUCUUUCUUAAUGAACUAGAAGAAGUACUGGAAGGUACACAGCCAGCUGAAUUUCAGCGUUGUUUGGUUCCUCUUUUCAAGCAACUUGGACGAAGCAUCAAUAGUCCCCAUUUUCAGGUUGCUGAGAGAGCUCUUUUCUUAUGGAACAAUGAGCAUAUAGUAGACUUGAUCGCGCAGAAUCGACGUGCAAUUUUGCCAAUUAUCUUUGAGCCAUUAGAAAGAAAUAUGUUUGGUCACUGGAAUCAGGCAGUCCACGGGCUGACCUCCAAUGUCCGGAGAAUGUUCUUGGAGAUGGAUUCAGAACUUUUCGAAGAGUGUGAAAAGCAACACAAUGAAAGAGCAGCCGGUGCCAGCGGAGUUGUGGAGCAGCGCGAGCUGACUUGGAAGAAAUUGGAAGAAGCUGCGGAGCUGAUCAGGUAGAACACGUUGGAACAGCUUAUCAAUUCCAGCUGAGCUCUGUGCGAGUAGUACUCCUUUCUCUCAUUAACCAGAAUGCUUACAACGUCAAACAAUGCACGGUGAUGGUUUUUGACUUUGCAAACUGAAGCUGAUUUGCUCCGAGUUGUUUUUCCAUGCUUCCAACUGCUUUUCUAUAAUUUGAGCGAGGCAGGCUGAAGGUAUGGACAUUGUGUUAUCGUUCCUUGGCAGAUAUAUUGUGGAAGUUUUGUUUAUUUUAGCUAUUCAAAGACAAUUAUUCUUUAGCAUUUUAGCACUAACCAAUAAUCAAACUUCUGGUCUUUGUGAUCACCCCCCCUCCCCCCAACCCCUUCCCUCCCACUACCUUAUUCUAGGACAUGGAAACAGAAAAAGAAAUUUAUUAUUCCAUGGUUUCUUUAUUGCGCUUGUAUUUUGUUGGAAGUACGUUUUGAUAGUGAGAAUCUGCUAAUUGACUGUUUUUUUCUUCUUGUUC